GCUGCGCGUCUGCUGCGGAGACUUUUGGAUUCACGACCGGGAUUUUCAGUUCUACGGGCCCUUUCUGGGUAGUCGUUUCUCACCCCGCGAAAGAAAAUCUCGGGAAAAGAGGAAUCCUUAGGGAAAACCCGUGACCUCCUCAGCCCACCAUCUGGUGAUGAUGACGGUGGUGGGCUCUCGGUAGCGCGUGCUCUGGCUGGAGGCCUAGGCUCCACCUCCGAGAGCAAGGUGGAACAGGCGCGAGGGGAGGGGGCAUUUACUGAGGUCCGACAACCGGGGAAGGCCGGGCAGGGUCUGAGGCUUGGUUUCGAGCUUUACAAACCAGGAACAGUUCAGGCUGUUGGUACUUUCAGUGCGGAGUAUUGCAUCCUUUGCUAGCCAGUUCUGGGUCGGAGCCUCAGGGGAAGGGCUGUUACGGAGAACAACAAAAAUGCCCAAAGUUUUGUAGAAACAUUCCUUCCGAGAAGUCAGGGAAGCCCUAGUUCUCAGAGGCCUGAGCUCGGUGGGAAUUAGAGGGUGAUAUACAUCAAUCACAGAAGUGAAAGUUAGCUGGAUUUGGUCCCCUGCCCCUAUCAGAGUUGAGAUUACACCGGCAUGUGUUAUUCCAUGGGAAGAAUUGUAGAAUCUGGGGGCUGGAAGAAGGAACUUUGUGUCAGGUGCUUUGCGUUAUAGAUGAAAGUAAAUGCCCAGGGUUUGAGACUUGCCUUGUGGUAUGUAGUCAGUGGAGUAGUCCAACUUUCUUUACGGUUGGGCUGCCUUAGUUAGCAAACAUUUAUUGAGCCUUAGUAAACUUCUGGAGCUGGGAUUGUCUCUCAAAGGGGAGAGGCAGUGCACAGGGAACUCCCAGUGUUACAGGGGGCAGCACUGACCCUACUGGAAGUGACAGAACUUUGCAGAGAAGGGGAUACUUGUCUGGAGUUGAGGGGUGAGCAGGAGCUACUGAGAUAAAGGAGGAGGAGGAUGUUUCGCCUGGAAAACAGCAUGGCGAAGGCAUGGAAAGAGCUCCGAUUUUGGAAGUGGAGGCCUGGAGCCUGGGGCAAGGGAUUUCCUGUGGGUGGUGGAUUUCAUGAGCUUUGAGAAUAGAGAGGUAUGUCUUGCAGGGCCUCUGGUGCUGCUGUGAGCGAUUUUGAUUUUGUCCUGGAAGCUGAAUUGAGUAAAUGAGUAUCUUAGAUACUCUGUCGUGUAGAAAAGUAUUGGACAGGGAGCAGCCACACUAGGGAGCUCCUUGGCACUAAUUCCCAUGAGAAUUGCUGAGGGUUUUAAAGGGAGUUGCAGUGAGAAGGGACAGGAGACAAGGAACUGUGAACUGGUACAGAGGUAGGAUGCACCAGAGCCAGUAUUGUUGAGUAAAAACAAUACUGAAGAGAACUCUGUCCCUUCAAUUUUGAAACCCAUUGCUGUUGAGGAAAUGUCCAGCAUUUUUUUUUUAACUGCAGAAGUUGCUUUGUAGUUCAUAAUUGAAGCCCAGUUUGCCAUGGGAAAAUGGUCACAUGUAUCAAAGGUGUUGAAAUCGGUAUGAUUAAACAUGUAAGACUCUUGUAACCCAGGGAAUGCAAAUUAGACCCAUAAUUAGAUUACUUUAUAUCCCAUCAGAUUAGAAAUAAAGUUUGAAGAAGGGCAAGAUGGCGGAAACUAAAGAGGGUGUUUUGCAGCCGGUGGGACCCUCCACUUCCCCAGUUUCAUUCAGUUUCAUGCGCACGGCUGCCCAAAGACAGCUGGGAGACCCGGGAGACAGCCUGGGUGAGGCUCCGCAGGAGAAGGAUUUCUUAAUGACCGUGGAAGGGAGGAAGUUGCAGAGGGUUAAUCCCUCAGAAGCCCCCAAGGAUCUCAUCAUCCCUUUGAUACAGAGCAGCCCUCGAAGGCAGCCAUCCACCCAGGCGCCUGGCCCAUCCACAGCUACUGAGACCGUCGUGGGUGGGCUGCUGUCCCAGGCUGUGAAGGAGAUCAUUGAAGAAUCCAAGAAGUCUUUGGAGGAGAAAGAGAAUGCGGGUGUCGACCCCACGCUGGCUAUCCCCGUGCUCCAGAAGAGAUGCGCCCCCAGUGAGGAAGGGACAGACAGUGAAGCCCACACUGAGACAGCACCCAAGGAGGCCGAUUACGAGGCAGUCCCUGUGGAGGCCUACGGGCUGGCCAUGUUGCGGGGCAUGGGCUGGAAACCCGGCCAGGGCAUCGGCCGCACCUUCAGUCAAGUGGUGAAGCCCCGUGUUAACAUGCUGAGGCCCAAAGGGUUAGGGCUGGGUGCCAAUUUGACUGAGAUCUGGGCCCAGGCCUCCCCCCGCCCCUCCCGCCCAGCGAAGCCAGGUGAGGAGCAAGAGAAGGAAAAGGAAGACCAGCCUCAAGGACUGGUACCUGGAGGGGCGGUGGUGGUUCUUUCUGGCCCUUACCGAGGCCUCUAUGGGAAGGUGGAAGGCCUCGAUCCUGAAAACGUUCGGGCCAUGGUUCGUUUGGCCAUCGGGAGCCGCUUGGUGACUGUUAGUGAGUACAGCCUACAGCCUGUCUCCCAGCAGGAAUUUGAUAAGAACUGGGAUCUCAGCCAGGUGAGCAAAACUUCUCCAGGGCAACAGAACAGAACAGCCUCAUUGGGGGAGGCCCUCCAGGGUCAGGACCUCCCCACCUGGUGGGGAGCGGGAGAGAGGAAGAGGAAACACCUUCCAGACCAACAAGAGGAGCCCGCGUCCAAGCAUGAGAAAGCAGCCUCCAGGAGUCAGCAUUGGCUGCACAGGGACCUGCAUGUGCGGUUUGUGGACAAACUGUGCAAGGGUGGCCAGUAUUAUAACACCAAGGUGACCAUCGAAGAUGUCCUCAGUCCAGAUACUUGUGUAUGUCGGACAGAUGAUGGCGAGGUCCUGGAAGGAGUCAGGGAAGACAUGCUGGAGACACUCGUCCCCAAGGUCCAGGGCACCCGGGUGAUGGUGGUGCUGGGGCCACAGGCUGGAAGCGUGGGCCGUCUGCUGGGCUGGGACAGAGAGCAGAGCCAGGCUGUGGUUCACCUCCAGAGAGAGAAUCAGCUCAUGGAGCUUCACUAUGACGCUGUCUGCGAGUACCUGGGCCCCCACGACCCAGACGAAGGCUGACCCGUGGACCCGCCCCAUUCCCCAGGCUGCACCAGCUCUGUGCAGUGUGAAAAGCCCGCCUUUGUGAAGGUGGGGAGGUCGUUCUGUGCUGUGUUUGCAGUGCAGCCCCUGGAAGGGACAGAGCACAAGAUGCCUGUUAGCAGUUAAUGCAGAAUAAAAACGAUUUCAAAUUUAAAAAAAAUGAUAAAUUUGAUAUUAUCAAGAGAUGAUAGGUAUUUGAGGAAAGGAUUCACUUCUAGCGGAAGUGUACCUAAGAACACUAGCAGGCAGCAUAAUGGGUAUUUCUUAAGACGCAGUGGUUCCACUUCUAGAAAGUAUCCUGGACAGACAUUUGUAUACAAGGAGAGGAAUAUUAGGAUGUUUAUUGCAACAUAGUUUAUAAUGAUAAAAAGACUGAAACAACCUAAAUGGCCAUUAGUAGAGGACUAUAUAUGAAGUGGAUGUUUUUUAAAUGUAAAUUGAUUGAGAGGAAAUGCUAACUUACCUAAGUGGUUACCUUGUGGUGUGGGGAGAAUGGGAGAGGAAAUGGGGGAAAAUUUCAUCUGUUAUGUUUUGUUUUAUGGGGAGACAACAGACUUAAAACAUAUUAAUAGUUGAUGACCUGAGUGAUAAAUAACAGGUGCUUUGUGUUACAUUUUGUACAUUCUGUAGUUUGUUAUCUACCCUUUAAUUUCUUGAAACAUAAAUUGGAAUAAAAUGUAACUUAACUAACACCUAGCUAUAAAAGUUAUUUGGGGAGAAGACUACAAACUACAUUGAUACCAGACUUCAAAAUAGUCAUUUGGGUAAAGAAAUUCAAGUGCGAGAUAAGCAGAGAAAAUAAAGAUAUGGAAAAACCAUUAACCACUGGCCAAUUUUACUUUGCUAUAUUUCUGAAUUCUUCUAACCAUUAGAUUUAAAAAUGAAUUUUUGACUGUCUAUUUUGAAAUAUGAUUAGUUGGUUAUACCUUUUGUAAUGUUAAAACAUUUUUUUAAAUAAAAGGUGAAGUCGACAUCCGAUGAGUCCCUAUUGCCAUGUAAAGUAGCAUAUUUAUUAAUAGGGGGAUUUCGGGUGGACAUCUUUGGAGUGGGGUGUCAUUCUGCCUACCACAGGAUGGACUCUUGUUUAAAGAAGUAUGGAUAUAGAGGAACUAAAGGAUGUC